ACCCCUCCCGACUGUGCAGGACUGUCCUCCACCCCCCAACACCAAUCCACAGCAACCUGAUACCGGAGACGAGCGGUCCAGACAAGCCUGCAAACGAGGCGUUCCCAGCCGCCCUGGCUGUCUGCACAGUGGAGCUCCAACCCGUCAUUGCAUUUGUAUGCUGCCGACUGCCUCGGGGAAGAUCAGACCAAAAGAUAUACUAUCCCUCGACCCGUCGUCUGCUAGAACGGGAGUAAUAAUCGCCGCAAACCAGAAAAGCUUACUGUGGCGCGGUUGACUUGUGAAAUCUUUUCCCCCCACAACGAAGACCGUGAAAUGAGACGGGACGCGGAGAACUAACGGGCUAGCUAUUAGGCUAACAUCGGUUAGCGUCGAUAGCAGUCAGCCUGCAACCUAACCGAGCUAACGUUAAUUGGUUAACGUAACGUUUAUAUGACAAAUUCGUGCCUGUUGUUGCGAAAGGGUGGACUAUUUUUUAAACUUUACAACUGAGAAUGGUGUGUACUUACACGAAUUAGUUGUGCGUCGGUUAUUUUUGCUAUAUUUACCUUCUUUGCCUAAGUUUUAUAGGACCAGACAGUCGCCUUAGGCAGCUAGCAUGUUAGCUAGCAGAUAUGGACGUUGUUGGCUGGCUAGUUGUAGAUGGCAGACCCGCCAAACAAGUUAGCUGCUUGGUUUAUCUGUCCGGUCGAUAGCAGGACGAACUUUUGUUGGCAGUAAAUCUUAGUUAUCAAAUCACGUCAACCGACCCCAACACCACAGCGCCUCUUUUUCGCAUCAUUUCUCAAUGUGUGGUUCCAUGCCUGAGAGAUCAGUUCAAGUUAUUGAGCUGACGUGAGGAAAAAGGGGCUGAAAACAAAGUGGCAUCUACUAAAUAAGAAGACCAGAAGACGUAUAACAAAUACUUGAAGGAGCUCCAGCUACGAGACCAAAGUCGGUGUACACUGUCAUGGCUCUGGGCCGAAUCACAAUGAAGUCACUCGCUAAAUUUGGGUUUUGCCUGACGAUUCUCCUGACUUCUGUGGCUGCGGCGCAGGGUGAGGAGAGGGAGUGUGCCUUCACCGACCAGCAGGAGCAGUGGGAGAUGGAGCGGGUGGCGCGGGGCGAAGGCCGGGUCUCCCCAGAGAACACCACCAUCCGAUGUGCCAAGGGCAGCCACUGCUUUGGCCUGUGGGAGAAAAGUCCUCCAGGCGAAGUGCGACUGGUCAAACAAGGUUGCUGGACUCACCUGGGUGACCACAAAGGUUGCCAAGACGACCGCUGCGUGGUGACCAACCUCCCUCCACAGAUCCAGAAUGGGACAUACCACUUCUGCUGCUGUGGCAGCGACAUGUGCAAUGUCAACUUCACAGAGGACUUCCCACCGCCCAGCCCCACCACAGCGCAGCCCAUCUACCCUCGCACACUGCGCUAUGAAGAGACCGUAAUUAUUGCCCUGGCAACAGUCUCCGUGCUGGCCGUGGUUGCUGUAGCAGCCUUCUUUGGUUACCGCAUGAUGCACGGCGAUGGAAAGCAAGGCCUUCAUAACCUGAAUAUGAUGGAGGCUGCUGGCUCUGAGAGCUCUCUGGACCUAGACAAUCUCAAACUGCUGGAGCUGAUUGGGCGUGGUAGAUAUGGCACGGUCUACUGUGGCUCUCUGGAUGAGCGGCCUGUGGCUGUGAAGGUGUUCUCUGCAGCCAACCGCCAGAACUUCCUCAAUGAAUGCUCCAUCUACCGGCUACCUCUGCUGGAGCAUGACAAUAUCGCCCGGUUUGUUGCCGCCGACGAGCGGACAGGCCCAGAGGGACGCACAGAAUACCUGCUGGUCAUGGACUACUACCCACAUGGCUCUCUGAAUCGCUACCUGGGCAUCCAGACCAACGAUUGGGUCAGCAGCUGCCGGCUCGCACACUCUGUCACCCGGGGCCUGGCGUACCUACACACUGAGCUCUACAAAGGAGACUUGUACAAGCCAGCGGUUUCCCACAGGGACCUGAACAGCCGAAAUGUUCUCGUAAAGGCUGACGGCUUGUGUGUCAUCAUCGAUUUCGGCCUGUCUAUGAAGCUGACAGGAAACAGGCAGGCACGUCACGGGGAGGAGGAAAACGCUGCUAUAAGUGAGGUGGGAACGAUCCGCUACAUGGCUCCAGAGGUCCUGGAGGGGGCGGUGAACCUGAGGGACUGCGAGUCGGCGCUGAAGCAGGUGGAUAUGUACGCCCUGGGCCUGAUCUACUGGGAGACCUUCAUGAGAUGUACUGACCUUUUCCCUGGAGAGUCUGUGCCAGAGUACCAGAUGGCCUUUCAGGCGGAGGCAGGGAACCACCCGACGUUUGAGGACAUGCAGGUCCUGGUAUCCAGGGAGAAGCAACGGCCCAAAUUCCCUGAGGCCUGGAAAGAGAACAGUUUGGCGGUUCGCUCUUUGAAAGAGACGAUGGAGGACUGUUGGGACCAGGACGCUGAGGCCCGACUCACAGCACAGUGUGCCGAGGAACGACUGGCAGAACUGCUCCUCAUAUGGGACCGCUCCAAGUCUGUCAGCCCUACACUCAACCCCAUGUCCACCACACUGCACAAUGAGAGAAAUCGUAUGACACCAAAGUCUGGCCCGUACACAGACCACCCCUCCACUUACAUUGAAGAGCAUGAGGGCGUUGCCAAGAACACGCAGGCUGACCCCACUGGCUCUGUGAAUGGUCGAGCUGGGGCUGGGACCGGAGAGAGAAACAGGAAUUCCAUCAACCAGGAGCGCCAGCAGCAAGCCAACGCCCGCCUGCCCAGCCCAGAGGGCAGCAGCACCAGCAUGGGCCUGAGAGGCAGCCCCUCCGCCUCCACCACAACCACCACUAUCAUUUCAGACUCUGAGGGACCAGCAGGGACCGCCACUGUCCCCGUCUGCCUUCACCUGACCCAGGAAGACCUGGAAACCACCAAGCUUGACCCGAAAGAGGUGGACAAGAACCUGAAGGAGAGCUCGGACGAGAACCUGAUGGAGCACUCGCAGAAGCAGUUCUGCUCUCCAGAUCCACUGAGCCCUGGCAGCUCCAGCCUCCUUUACCCCCUCAUAAAGAUGGCCAGUGAGGCCGCAGGCACGUCAGACCCUGCUGCCCCCAUGCCCAGCACCAUCUUCCCCCUGCCCAAGCAGCAGAACUUGCCCAAGAGGCCGUCCAGUCUACCCCUGCGCACCAAGCCCGCCAAGAAGGAAUCCUCAUCGUCUUCACUCAGGUUCAAGUUUGGACGCUCGGGGAAGUCCAACCUGCGGCAGGUGGAGGGAACAAAGAUGAACAUUGGUGCAGUAACGGGCACAAACACAGCUGUAGAGGCUCAUCGGGGCACAGGCACAAACAACACCCCCGGUCUACGGGACACACACGCCAAUGGUAGCGUUAAUGGCGCUGUUAACGGUCACGCCAGCGCUGGGAUCUCAUCCCUGGCCGCAGGUGGAGCCACAGGUUUUGGAGGAUCCAGCAUAGCUCAGAACGGAUCUGGAGCCCUGAGAUCGGACGACGGCCGCCUGAGCCUCGGCGUCAUCACAGCCAGCCCUGACGAACACGAGCCGCUCUUGAGCCGUGAGCGAGAGCAUCCCGAUGCGAGAGACGCGUCCGCGAGUGUCGCAGCUCUCCGCUCAGCCCGACCCAACACGAACAACAACAACAGCAACACCGUCCACGGCCAGGGGGACGGGGAGAGCGGAGGAGAGAGUGAUGGAGGAGAAGAGGAGGGGAGCGGGGAGGGAGGAAGCAGGGAAACCACUGGGCCCCCAGGAGAAAGCUCGGGGUCGGGAUCCGGUACCGCUGUGCCCCAGGAGGAAGCUCCGGUCACCAUGAGAGGGGAGGCCCUGCUCAGGCAGCCCAGAGCCCGCAGGCCUGAGAGACCCAACUCCCUGGAUCUGUCCUUCACAACACAGGAUCUGGCCUCACUAGGGGAGGGCUUGGUACAGCCAGAUGGAGCCUUGGGGACAGGAGACAAGAUCAAGAAGCGCGUCAAAACGCCUUAUUCCCUGAAGAAGUGGCGACCCACCACAUGGGCCAUUUCCACAGACACCAGGGGGCCUGAGGUCAACAACAACGGGUCCUCCCGCGGUCAAGCUCACAGUCAGAACCGGCCCAAGUCCAGUUCGGCUAUUUACCUGCGGGGGGGAAGCAUGGCCAGCGAGCCCAGCGACACGCACGUGUGAACUCAGGCCCCCUGGCAAGACUGAAAAGAAAUAACCAGAGAGCGUUUGGUUUCUGUCUGUUGAGCUCUCUGCUCUAAAUCAGCAAGAGGAAGCUAUGGAGGGUCUUGUGAACUAACAGUCGAAUCUGAUCGUGUACAGUAAUUAGGUCUUUCUCACUCCUGUGUCUUUCUGAUGACGGCAUUGCUUUAAAUGGAAUCCAGCUAUGCAGCAUUCUCAUCCGCUUCUGUCUCUGCGUUUUAUUAAUCUCCCUUUGUCGUUUUUUCUUUGUUUCAUCCUCAUGAGCAUAGCAAUGUUUAGAGUGGAUUUCUUUCUUUGUAUGUGCACUUUGAACCGACUAAAAUCAGUGUUUAGAAAAUCCUGUUUGUUGCGACCACAAGAAGAAGUGGUCUCUAACCUUAAAAAGGCUGAAAAACAAUCAACCCUUUGAGCGGUCUCUUUCUCGUACUUUGCUGUAUCAAGCAUCGUUCGGGAGUAGGCACUGUAAAAGAAUUGAUGGUCUUAAAAGACGGAACAAACUACUUUAAAAAAAAAAAAAAAAAAAAAAAAAGUAUUUCCUUGAUUUGUAUGCAAUACCAAUUGUUACCUUUUUUUCGACUAUGUAUCCAUUUUUUUUGUAUCAGAAUUUUUAAUUGUGCAAUAGGAUUUAGCUUUUAGAUGCUUUUGAUGUUUUUAUCGCUUCCAUUAUUUUGAUCAUUGUUUUAUCCCGUCAUUAUUUUAAUAUGUUAAUCUCUGUUGCACUUAUGAAUUGCCACAAUUGUUUUGUAAACAAUCCACUGUACACUAUCACCCCCUGACUCAAGAGGAGAAAAUGGAUGACAAUCCUACUCUUUCCUUCUUCUCUGAACUAUUUUUAGGGGGGCACAAACACUAACAAUCAAUCCGAACUGACUGACAAAAAAAGAAGGGGUUUCCUGGAACUCCUCUGCUUGCACAAUUACACCAGGAAAUGGCUCAAACUCUGGGGUCUUUUAACACUACAAUCACCAGAAUCAAAUCUGUGGAGGGAUCUGUUACAGUGGCCGACUCAAUCGCUGUAUCACUAUCACCUGACCUCACUGUGGACUGUGUGUUUAGCUGUCUGUAUGUGACUGAAAGACUAGAAACACUAGAAAGCCCAGAUUCUGCUCUUUGAACUCUGUUGGAAAUCAGAAACUAGUCCAAAAGAAACCAAACCCUUCUGAAGCACGCUGGAUAUUAUUUCUGCUUCUUGUUGUCUCAUCCCUUGAUGUUGGAAUGACUGAUUCUAGUGUGUGAACGUGUUGUGUUUCUUUAUGUCAGCAAGCAUUAGAAUUGUUGGGGCCUAGCGCUGUACAGGCGUGCUGAAAUGUCAUUGUACUCAUUCUGUAUUUUCAGCGCUGCUUCAGGGCAUAUGAAAAGAUCUCAUUUAUGUUUUUGUAAUCAGUAAUUUGUAUGAAAAAAAAACAACCAUGUAUGUGUAUUGCAUUGAUAUUUGCAUCAUUUUUAUGGAGUUCUGUUUUGCAUUCAAUGGACAUGGCCUUUGAUUCCAUUGCUAUGCAUCUGCUCGGUACAGUUUCUGUAAACAUUUUCAAGUCAAUACGGAAGAAAAUAAACUCAAUAAAUGUAUGAAACAAU